GGCUCUCGUACCACUCUGGAAUCCUGUUAUUGUCUGUGAUUGGACAGCUGACGAGUGACAUGUAGCCACUUAACGAAGCUGGUUACACGGAUACGUAACGAGGAAAUAUGCGGCUCAGGAGUAAGAAUACUACCUGGUAGGAGGCAAGUUUUGAAGGAGAAGAGGGCCUGAACUGUAAUGAAACAUUUUGGGAUACUCCAUAUGGAUUCUUCAUGUUGAUCCUUGCUUUGCCCAAGCUGAGUAGAGCAGUGGUGCGUGUGAGGAGACUGGCCGCUCAACUCUGUGACGCAACCAUGUCCACAAACCACCAGGGCUCCAGUCCAUCCUCUGCAGCCAACGGGGAUGUUCCCACUGCAGCCAUUCUCAUCAUUGGAGAUGAGAUCCUCAAGGGUCACACAUUGGACACGAACAGUGCUUUUCUGACACGAGCACUACGGAAGCUGGGAGUGGCUGUGCAGCGCAUAACGGUCAUACCAGACAAACAGGAGGUCAUUGCCAAAGAGGUGGCCCUUCUUUCGUCUCAGUAUACACACCUCAUCACCUCGGGGGGCAUAGGCCCCACCCACGAUGACGUCACCUUUGAGAGCAUCGCUAUGGCGUUCCAAGAGGAAUUACAUCCCCACCCUGAGCUCUCCCAGCUGGUUGAGGAAUUCUUUGGGGUGGAGGACAAGCAGAGUGCUGCUAUGAAGCUGGCCAUGGUGCCUCGCUCAGCCAAACUCAACUACGGAACUGACCCUCAGACCGGGCAACCGCUCCGCUACCCACUGGUCAGCGUGCGCAACGUGUAUAUCUUUCCUGGGAUCCCGUCUCUGAUGGAGAGGGCGUUCAGUGGGCUGGAGCACCUCUUUGCUGGUUCAGGGACUACGUUUCACUCUCGUGAGGUGUUUGUGGAUGCAGAUGAGGCGGAGAUCGCUCCUGUGCUGACCAAACUGCAGGCUGGUUGGGGCCAGAAAGUGGCUCUGGGCUCCUACCCUGACUGGUUGAGCAAUUAUCACCGAGUCAGGCUGGUCCUGGACUCUGAUAGCCAAGAGGAGGUGGACAAAGCCCGGGAACAGCUGCUAGACAUGCUGCCCAAGGGUAGCGUGGUGCCCUUGGUCACUGACCCGGUGUCUAUCGCCCCUGUGGAGGUGUACACACUGGCCAACAGCGGCACACCUUUGGGUGAGAAAGUUAUGUCUGCGCUGAAAACAAUAGAGGCUGCACUGGAUCAGUAUUCGACAGAGGAAGUCUGCAUCGGCUUCAACGGAGGCAAAGACUGCACGGCACUGCUGCAUCUCUACUACGCAGCGCUGAAACGGCGGUAUCCAGUUGGUAAAGACAAGGUGAAAGCUUUGUAUAUCCGUAUUGUCUCUCCGUUCACAGAAAUGGAGAGAUUCCUUCAGGAUACGAUUAAAAGGUAUGACCUGGAGCUGUUUGCUGUGGAGGGCAGUAUACGGCAGGCACUGAGCGAGGUGCAGGAGAGGAGGCCAGAGCUGAAAGCCGUCCUGAUGGGGACCAGGAGGAGUGACCCCUACUCACACACUCUCACACCCAUGUGUCCCACUGACCCCGGCUGGCCGGAUUACAUGAGAGUCAACCCGUUACUAGACUGGACGUAUCAUGACAUCUGGUCAUUCUUGAGGACGUUAUAUGUGCCGUACUGUAUUCUCUAUGACAAAGGGUACACGUCACUGGGCAGCAUGGACAACACCUGUCGAAACACAGCCCUCCAGGUGGUGGAUGGUAGGGGCGUUACGCGAUACAGGCCAGCCUACCUCCUGGAAAAUGAAGAAGAGGAGCGGAACUCGCGCGCCUGACGUAGCGUCGCUUCUCACUGCAUCACCUGUUGCUGACGGAGCCAGAUUGCUUUCAGAUCUUAGAUCAGUUCCCUACGCACUUACACCUCUGUGGAAAACAUGACAUUUUUAUCAAGUCUCGAUAUGUGAAUAUCUGUAGAAUGAGGUUGUGAAGUGUGUGUCUGUGUGUGUGAGUGUGUGCUCUAUUUGUUUAUACAUGUGAGUCUCAGCCUUAAGUAAUGGCUCUCUGUGCUGUUGAAUAAAACAUCAAUCUAUGACAUCUUU